CCUCUUCUUAUUUUUUCUUCAUCAUAAUUAUCACGAAGCUACACACACUAACACAAACAUGGAACUAAGCACCAUGUUAUGCUUGUUUGCUUCUUUUCUCUUCAUUGUUCUGUUCAAGAAACUCAUCAAGCCCUAUGUCUCCAAACGCCGUGACUUACCACUCCCCCCUGGUUCCAUGGGUUGGCCCUACAUAGGAGAAACCUUUCAAAUGUAUUCUCAAGACCCAAAUGUCUUCUUUGCCACAAAAAUUAAAAGGUAUGGCUCUAUGUUCAAGUCCCACAUUCUAGGUUGCCCCUGUGUGAUGAUUUCUAGCCCUGAGGCUGCAAAGUUUGUGCUCAACAAAGCUCAACUCUUCAAGCCAACAUUUCCUGCAAGCAAAGAAAGGAUGUUGGGAAAACAAGCUAUCUUCUUUCACCAAGGGGAGUACCAUGCUAACUUGAGGAGGCUUGUUCUUCGUACCUUCAUGCCUGAAGCCAUUAAAAACAUCGUCCCUAACAUUGAAACCAUUGCCCAAGAUUGCCUCAAAUCAUGGGAAGGCCGUUUGAUCACCACUUUUCUUGAAAUGAAGACGUUCACUUUCAAUGUUGCUCUGCUUUCGAUUUUUGGAAAAGAAGAAAUUCUGUACAGAGAGGCUCUGAAACGAUGCUACUACACCCUUGAGCAAGGGUACAACUCAAUGCCCAUUAACCUUCCUGGGACACUGUUCCACAAGGCUAUGAAGGCAAGGAAGGAGCUUGCACAGAUCUUGGCUCAAAUAAUCGCAAGCAGGAGGCAGAGGAAGCAAGAUUACAAGGACUUGUUGGGUUCAUUCAUGGGUGAGAAAGCAGGGCUCACGGAUGAGCAAAUAGCGGAUAAUGUGAUUGGAGUCAUAUUUGCGGCUCGUGAUACCACUGCCAGUGUGCUUACGUGGAUUGUCAAAUACCUUGGUGAAAACCCUAGUGUCCUAGAAGCUGUUACUGAGGAACAAGAGUGCAUAUUGAAGAGCAAGGAAGAAAAUGGUGAAGAUAAGGGUCUGAAUUGGGAAGAUGCCAAAAAGAUGCCAAUAACUUCAAGGGUUAUUCAGGAGACUCUAAGAGUUGCAUCAAUUUUGUCCUUUACUUUCAGAGAGGCAGUGGAGGAUGUUGAAUAUCAAGGGUAUCUUAUACCAAAAGGGUGGAAAGUGCUACCUCUAUUUAGGAACAUACACCACAGUCCUGACAACUUCAAGGAACCAGAAAAGUUUGAUCCCUCAAGAUUUGAGGCUGCUCCAAAACCCAAUACUUUUAUGCCAUUUGGCAGUGGGAUCCACGCGUGUCCUGGGAAUGAAUUAGCCAAGUUGGAGAUUUUGGUCCUCCUACAUCAUCUGACCACAAAGUACAGGUGGUCUGUGGUGGGUGCAAAGAAUGGAAUUCAGUAUGGCCCUUUUGCUCUCCCCCAAAACGGCUUGCCCAUCACCUUAUAUCCCAAGAAGUAGAUAUCACUCAAACAUAAGACAGAUCCAAUCCAAGUCCAACCCUUGUUUUAUAGUAGCUUUCUAAAUAUGGAAAGAAUGGCUUCAUAGCUCUCAAAAUUGGUUCCAGAAAAAUUAUUAAAGACCAAGACCAUAUUGCAAAUGGAUAACCAAACAAAGGAGAUUAAUCUUCCUUUAUUUUUGGCCAAGAGAAACCCAAAGGGGUAGUCUUGACAAUAGCAUACAAAAAGGGAUGUCAAGUGUAUAUAGGAGGUUUCAUAGCCAGACCAAAUAGUAUUAGGUUCUUUUUAUUUCUUCACUUUCUUUUCUUUCUAUUUAUAUGAGGAAAAAGUCCUCAAAAGAUUGUAUUGAUGAAUUCAACUAGUUUUGUAUUCAUAAGAACGCCGCAAGGCAAUAAUAAAGUGAAAUAUUGGUUCUGAGAUGAGUAUAAAAUACCACAAACUAUAUCUGGCUAUUGUUGGUUGUGUAGAGAAUAGAGAUGCCUGAAUAGAAAAUAAUCUAACAUUAAAGGUAUAAAUAAACUUCAUAAUCUUUACUAAAAAAAUAACAAUCAGGAAAAAAAUAACG